AUGAAUGCUGCAAAGGUUGAAGAGGCUUCCAUGGGCAUGCUAAAGACAGACCUCACUGCUGCAGACUGCCUGCAGGAGGGAGAAAUGAAUAGAAAACUCCAAGCAAAAUGUCUCAGAAUUGUCUCCCCUGAGUUUUGUGUUAAGCUUUACUGCUGCUAUGGAGUGAUCAUGGUCCUCACUGUAGCUGUAGUUGCUCUUUCUGUUCCUUUUUCAAAGGGUAAUAAAAUCCAGACAAUAAGAAACUGCGAACCUUGCUAUGCCACAUGCCCACGUGGCUGGAUUGGAUUUGGAAGUAAAUGUUUUUAUUUUUCUGAAGACGUUGGAAACUGGACGUUCAGCCAGUCCUCCUGCAUGGCACUAGAUGCCCAUCUAGCUCUAUUUGACAGCUUAGAGGAGCUGAAUUUUCUGAAGAGAUACAAGGGGCCUUCUGACCACUGGAUUGGACUGCACAGAGCAUCAACAGAGCACCCUUGGAUGUGGACAGGCAACACUGAGUAUAGCAACUUGGUUCUUACCCGAGGAGGAGGAGAAUGUGGCUUCCUGAGUGACAAUGGGAUCAGCAGUGGCAGGAGCUAUACACAUAGGAAGUGGAUUUGUAGCAAAUCCAAAAGCUACAUCUUAUAG